GGGAUAAGAAUACAUGGAGAGGAGUUGCGCAUUUUGCUCCAAGACCGUAUUUGCCUUGUUCUUGAAUGGUUUGGCGAUUAAUUAGUUGAGGCACACGAAUAUGAAUGAAGCACUAAUUGUUGCCCUCUCAAUCUGAUGAUCUUUACUAUCAUUCUUCUUUUGUUACUCUUCCUUCACUGUGUGAGUGAUUUAUUUCCAUGCAUUCAAAUCCAAAUCAUCAAGAUGAUGAAUGGAAAAGCCUCCGUCUCUAAGGAACUUAAUGCCAAACACAUCAAGGUUUUAGAGGGACUUGUUAGGCUACCUGACAAUAGGGAAUGUGCAGAUUGCCGGAAUAAGGCACCACGAUGGGCAAGUGUGAACCUAGGAAUUUUCAUUUGCAUGCAGUGUUCAGGAAUUCACCGAAGUCUUGGAGUACACAUAUCACAGGUGCGGUCUACAACUUUGGAUACAUGGUUGCCAGAACAAGUGUCUUUCAUGCAACUUAUGGGUAAUGUGAAUGCCAAUAAGCACUGGGAGGCUGAGCUGCCGACGAAUUUUGACAGAAAUCGAUAUGGAAUCGACAAAUUUAUUCGCGCCAAGUAUGUGGAUAAAAAAUGGGCUUCAAAACAUGGUCUACAAGCAGCAUCUGCAAAGUCAUCUGAAACAUUGAGGAAUCAUCAAAGGAAUAGAAGAUUGUCUCUUGAGGAAAGCAUUCUUGUGGGCCACAUGGCGCAAAUUCAGCCGCCACAGCCGCAAGUAGCAAAAUCUCAUGAGAUCCCCUCAGGUUUGGAAAGAAAGAAAAGUGCACCACAAGUAAAGAUCAGGGGGCCAUCGGCAUCACUUGAUUUUGAUAAUCUCACAAGAAAUGGAAACAGUACUACCGUUGAUCUUUUUGCCUUUCUUAAUUUCAAUGAUAAUAAUAUUAAUAAUAAUAAUAAUCAAAAGGCUGUCUUCUCAUCAUCAUCAGCAACUUCAACUCCUACAAGCUGGACAACAUUUGAUUGAGAUUACAUUAUUUGUAUGUAAAUGUGUACAAGGGUGUUAGUGUAUAGAUUGUUGCUUUGGGUGGGUGUAACAAGAUUAAAUAGUUACAGAGGAUCUUGCAGUGUGGCAAAACCUUUGUGGAGAGCAAUAUUGGUUUUGAAUUGAGGAGCAUGCUAAGCUUACCAUUAGGAUUUAAUUAUUAAGGCUGGACCACUUUGGCAUUGAUAUCUUUUGUAUGUCUAUCACACAGCCUGGGGUCGUGUAGCUCCCUAGCUAUGACUUAUUAGUUGCUAACGUAGCCAUUUUGAUGAUUGGGGAAUUGGUAGUUUUGAUCAAAGAAAUCUGUAAUGUUUUUUUGUUAUUCCUUUUCAUCUUUCAUAUUCACUUCAGAUUGGAGAGUUGUAAAUGAAGGGAUUCUCUUAGGUGGAAAAAUUAUAUUUA